AUGGGCCAUGCAUCCGCCUUUCUGGUCACACCAAGAUCGUCUACAAGUCCUCCCACAACUUCCGGAAACACAGCACUCUUUCUUGCCAGUACUGACCAUGGUGAUGAUGAUUUUGUAGCAAAGCGAAUAAUCGUCAAGGGAGAUGUCCAAGGUGGCUAUUACCGUUCCUGUGUCCUCAACGAGGCUGGAAGAUUCCGCAGGCUAGUUGGAACCAUGUCACCACCCGAUGAUACAGAUACCGCUGAAAUCUACGUUGAGGGAAACAGUAAGAUGGUGGAGGGAUUUGUGAGGUGGUGCAAGAGAAGUAAGGUUGGAAUGAGCCAAGUGGUUGGAGUGGAAGAAGUACGAGAUGAAGAGCCCACUGGGUUGUAUGACGACUUUUACUGCAAGACCCACUAG